AUGCCAAGCUUCCUUCUGCAUGGGCCCCCACUAAGGCUGUGCAUGGGACUUGCCUGUGUCCUGUCCCUCGGGAACACAGUGUCUGGCGUUAAGGGAGAAUCCAAGAAAGAAAAGGGAAUGACCUUCCUACCUAUAACAGUGUCUGUCCUUAGAAGAGAAGAGAGAAAGGAAAAGGGGGUGGCAUUUCUCGCUAACACCGAGGUCCCUGCAAGGUCUGUGGAUCUGUCAGCGCUGAACCUGACAGAGCUCGUGAAUGGGAUGCUGAGCAGAGCUUUAAAAGAUAGCAAGAAGUUCUCCUUCCUGAGCAUCACCUCCUACAGCUCCUUUGCCUUCCACAAGUUUUCAGUGGCCAUUUACAACAUUUCUAACCUGAAGACAGUGGACCCGGCCAGAUUCCCCACAAGGUACUGCUACUGCUUAAACAACCACACCAACGACUUAUCAGAUUUCACAGCCCUCCUUGUGGACAUCAUUGGAAAUUCUACCAGCUACCUCACUGAGAUCUUUAAGUCAACCUCCAUCCUCUCAGUGAGUCAGACCAAUGAAUCUGACUGCCUCUUCAUCUGCGUCAUGGCCGGAGAGUCAGGGCGGAAUCUCUCUGACUUCUGGGAGAUGGUGGAGAAAUCCCCUGUGAUCAACUACACGUUUACCAGCAGCCUCUCUGGAGUUCUGGGUGCUGCUGCUACCAGGGAAACAGCUGGGAUUUCAAAGCCCACAACCCAAAGCCAGCAAGCCCUACCAAGGACAGGCCCCCCGCGCUGGGCCCACAGCACACACCUGGCUUCUGCCCUGAGCGCCUCCCCGCCCAGGGAGACAACUGCUCCUUCAGAGGGAGAGGCAACAGGGAGCACAGGCAGGCUUCCUGGGCCUCCUGCAGGGACCACGGCCACAGCCAGCAGGGCCUCUGCCACCCAUCCAGGCUCAGCUACCAGGACAGUGGCUGGAACACAAUGGGUGACAACCAACAGACAGACCUGGGCUUCCACGCUCUCCACACCCAGGGCUCAUACCAAGGAUGAGACAACACCUGGGGGUCCCCCCUGGGAGACACCCUCCUCCACACCCACAUCUGCCGAAGCUGCAGGGGCCACCGACACAGAGAGCCUCCCGGGUCCUACUGGGGCAAUGUCCACACCCAGCAGCCCAGCCCAGCCCAGCUCCACCUCAGGAACAGUCACCCCUGGCACACAGACGCCAAGGCCAACCAAGGCACCAGCCCCCAAAGACCCACAGACAGGUGAUGUUCCUGCAGAGUGGCCAUUUGCUCCUGGAGAAGAACCAGCCCUAAUCCCAGUACCCCAUCAAGUCUCAAGGUGUCCUCAACCGCUCCUCAAAGAGGGGGCCGUGACGGCUGCCCCUCUCACCCUGGCCACCCAGAAGCUCAAUCCUUGCCUGAUGGAAUUGUGCCGCUUCUUCCAGCAAUGCCUCUGUGUGAGCCAGAGGAACCCCAGGACAGAGAGCAUGAGGUACUGUCUGGAAUAUUACUCCUGGUUUCUGAAGAAUGCAACAUUUAUCUGCCAGAGGGUGAAAAGGGUGUUGUCCUCACACACCUUAAAGCAAAAGUGCCUCGAGAGUAUCUGCGAGUCAGUGUGA